GGGGCGACCAGCAGUCAUGAGGGGACUCCUUCCCUUUCUGUUUCUCCUAUUCUUUUUUCUGUCUCCAAUCCAGGCUCAGCCAGAGGGCCAGGAGGAGGAACCUGAAGAAACCUGGUCCGAGGACGGGGCCCAAGCCCGAACCCAGGACGCGGAAGACUCGGAGGUCAUGGGAGCUGAGAAUGAGGCGAGGUCAGCAACAGAACAUGCUUCCCCCGAGGUCUUCGAGGAAACUUGUAGAGAACUGGGAGGAAAGUGCCGCUACGGAUUUUGUCCCUGGAAUGAAAAUCGGAUCUUCAACUGCAAGUUUGCCCGCCCUUGCUGCAGGAAAAGAAAAGCCAUCCCUUGAGGCUUAGAAAUACCCAGAGGCCAAAGCGGGACCCUGAAGAAAUGAUCUCAGCGGUUCCUCACCCCAACCUUCCUUA